ACCAAACCCCAAGGAGAUGAGCCUUUGGAAACCCAGGCACCACGGGUUUCCCUAUUAAGGGCAGGUGAGGCCGGCAAUUAGAUGUGGCACAGGAAACCGAUAAAAAGAAAUGAUAUCCAUCAUGAAUGAGUCAGGCGAAAGAUGUAAACAGAGGGCGGUUUGAUGGGGAUUGGGUAUUAAAUUAAUAGAUCACUAUGACAGAGAGCUGUCUCAUUUCCGGGAAAGGGAUCGGAGAUCUCUAUAAAACUGCUCCUGUCCUGGGGAUCUUCAUUCCCUCCUCUUGCUUUCCUCUCGAGCUCAGGUCACCCCAAAAACACCACGAUGUGCUCCCGCCAGGACAGGGACCAGUGCCACAGCCAGGAGCGCUACACCCGCCAUACCGGCUGUCACAGCUCCGGGGGCAGCGGUGGUGGCUGUCACAGCUCCGGUGGUGGCGGCGGCUGUCACAGCUCCGGUGGUAGCGGUGGCGGCUGUCACAGCUCUGGUGGCAGCGGUGGUGGCUGUCACAGCUCCGGUGGCAGCAGCGGUGGCUGUCACAGCUCCGGCGGUGGUGGAUGCCACGGGCAGCCACAGGUCCAGUACCACCAGCAGCAGCAGCAGCAGCAGCAGCAGGUCCUCCAGCUGCCCUCGCAGAAGAUGAAGUGAUGGGGUGUCCCACGCGCCCGGCUCCAGCAGCAAAGGCCGCGCAUGGACCAGCUCCAUCCUGCCUCCCCAAAGCUUUGCAAGCCCCGGGGCUGCCCGGCCGCACACCCUCUCCUCUGCCCUGCGGGACCAUCGCUCCCUGGGGAAGGGGCAUCACUCGGGGUUCCCUGCUGCCUCCUCCUGACGCCCCAGGCCGUGCUUUGGCCCCAUGGGGUGCUCACUAGAUAAUAAAGCAUUAAA